CCUUUCAGAUCUGGGACUAGAUUUCAGAGGAAAUGGUAGACUUUAAUAGCUCCGGGGAAGGGAGGUGGAGGGAGAGGCUGCUGUCCCAGGAGCCUAGGGAAGGAAGAGGCAAUUUUUCAUAAAAGUACAAGUGGCCCGUAGCCCCAGGGGAAGAUGCCGUCCCUUUCUGGUAAUCGGUGGAAGGGAAACACAACUACAAGGUGAUGAGAUUAUCGAAGAAGAAAGAGUAAUAAGGCCUGGUGUGGGGGAGGGAAAGGAGGGGGGCGGGCUCUCUUCUGCCGCACUGCUGGUGGGAGGGGAAAUUGGGGACCCGAGUUGGUGGAUGACGUAGCUCUCACGUGACCAAGAGCUGACGUGUGCAGAAGUCCUUCUUGUCCUGGUCGUUGUUCCCGUCUGAGUACCAGCUCCCCAUUGCCCUGAGGGCGGGCGGGCCUAAGGGCGGAGGGAAAAAGGAAGAGGAGAAGGAAAUUGUCCCGGAUCCCUGCAGGUCAGUACCUGGGAGAUUCCAUAAAGUCGGGGUGCUUGAGGGCGUAGGGCCGAGACCGUCGCGGGUACUGAGGCGCCUCAGUCGUCUCUCCCACUCGCCGCCCGCUUUCCAAGACAUACGUCCCGCCUGCAGCCCAUUUCGAUGCUGCGAAACGUGGGUCCAAGCCUCUCCCGGGUGGCCAGUCUUUCUGUAGGUUGCGGCACAACGCCAGGCAAAAGAAGAGGAAGGAAUUUAAUCCUAAUCGGUGAAGGUCGAUUUGAGGGUCUGCUGUAGCAGGUGGCUCCGCUAGAAGCGAGGGAGGAAGUUUCCUCCGAUCAGUAGAGACUGGAAAGAUUGUUGGGCGUGGCACACCACCAGGGAAGAGAAGAAGGGGCGAACUGCUUGUCUUGAGGAGGUCAACCUCCAGAAUCAGCUCUUGUGGCCUUGAAGUGGCUGAAGACGAUCACCCUCCACAGGCUUGAGCCCGGUCCCACAGCCUUCCUCCCCCAGCCUGAGUGACUACUCUAUUCCUUGGUCCCUGCUAUUGUCAGGGACGAUUGCAUGGGCUACGCCAGGAAAGUAGGCUGGGUGACCGCAGGCCUGGUGAUUGGGGCUGGCGCCUGCUAUUGCAUUUAUAGACUGACUAGGGGAAGAAAACAGAACAAGGAAAAAAUGGCUGAGGGUGGAUCUGGGGAUGUGGAUGAUGCUGGGGACUGUUCUGGGGCCAGGUAUAAUGACUGGUCUGAUGAUGAUGAUGACAGCAAUGAGAGCAAGAGUAUAGUAUGGUACCCACCUUGGGCUCGGAUUGGGACUGAAGCUGGAACCAGAGCUAGGGCUAGGGCAAGGGCCAGGGCUACCCGGGCACGUCGGGCUGUCCAGAAACGGGCUUCCCCCAAUUCAGAUGAUACCAUUUUGUCCCCUCAAGAGCUACAAAAGGUUCUUUGCUUGGUUGAGAUGUCCGAAAAGCCUUAUAUUCUUGAAGCAGCUUUAAUUGCUCUGGGUAACAAUGCUGCUUAUGCAUUUAAUAGAGAUAUUAUUCGUGAUCUGGGUGGUCUCCCAAUUGUAGCAAAGAUUCUCAAUACUCGGGAUCCCAUAGUUAAGGAAAAGGCUUUAAUUGUCCUGAAUAACUUGAGUGUGAAUGCUGAAAAUCAGCGCAGGCUUAAAGUAUACAUGAAUCAAGUGUGUGAUGACACAAUCACUUCUCGCUUGAACUCAUCUGUGCAGCUUGCUGGACUGAGAUUGCUUACAAAUAUGACUGUUACUAAUGAGUAUCAGCACAUGCUUGCUAAUUCCAUUUCUGACUUUUUUCGUUUAUUUUCAGCGGGAAAUGAAGAAACCAAACUUCAGGUUCUGAAACUCCUUUUGAAUUUGGCUGAAAAUCCAGCCAUGACUAGGGAACUACUCAGGGCCCAAGUACCAUCUUCACUGGGCUCCCUCUUUAAUAAGAAGGAGAACAAAGAAGUUAUUCUUAAACUUCUGGUCAUAUUUGAGAACAUAAAUGAUAAUUUCAAAUGGGAAGAAAAUGAACCUACUCAGAAUCAAUUCGGUGAAGGUUCACUUUUUUUCUUUUUAAAAGAAUUUCAAGUGUGUGCUGAUAAGGUUCUGGGAAUAGAAAGCCACCAUGAUUUUUUGGUGAAAGUGAAAGUUGGAAAAUUCAUGGCCAAACUGGCUGAACAUAUGUUCCCAAAGAGCCAGGAAUAACACCUUGAUUUUGUAAUUUAGAAGCAACACACAUUGUAAACUAUUCAUUUUCUCCACCUUGUUUAUAUGGUAAAGGAAUCCUUUCAGCUGCCAGUUUUGAAUAAUGAAUAUCAUAUUGUAUCAUCAAUGCUGAUAUUUAACCGAGUUGGUCUUUAGGUUUAAGAUGGAUGAAUGAAUAUCACUACUUGUUCUGAAAACAUGUUUGUUGCUUUUUAUCUCGCUGCCUAGAUUGAAAUAUUUUGCUAUUUCUUCUGCAUAAGUGACAGUGAACCAAUUCAUCAUAAGUAAGCUCCCUUCUGUCAUUUUCAUUGAUUUAAUUUGUGUAUCAUCAAUAAAAUUGUAUGUUAAUGCUGGAAAGAAAAAAAAGAAGAAAGAAAGAAACCAUCCCUGUCCUUCAGUUUAUAAUCUAGUUGGAGAGAUAAGAAACAUACAAACCAAAAGAUAACAGAAUAUCUGAAGCAUGUACUCAUUGUCAGAUGUUCCCUCUGAGAGCACAGAGGAGGCAAAAGCUUCUGUGGGAUGUGCUAGUCGGCUAAAGCUUCACGGAGGAGGUGGCAAUUGAAAAUGAGUCCUGAAUGGGGUAGGGUGGUUAGGGAAUUCCAUGAGACAAGAUGAGGGGGGCAUGGUGUGAGAAAGGCAUGGAAGUAGGAACCCUCUUCCUAUGACAGGAGAUCAUUCUGCUUAGAGUGGAGAGUGUGGAGAGUGGGAGUAGAUAAUUUUGGAAAGCUGGGUGAAGCCAGUUGUGGAGAGUUGUUUGAAUAUUAUCCCAUUGAACACCCAGAGCCACUAAAUCUUUUUUUACUAGAAAAUAAUUGGGGUCCAUAUGAAAGUCUCUAUUACUGAGUAAUGUCAAUGAGGGUGUGGCAAAAUGGAGCCUUUCACACCCUAGUGGUGGCCAUUUGGUAAUACAGAUAUAAGCCUUAAACUAUGUAAACCCUUUGUCCUAAGGAAGUAAUUGAAUAAUUGCCCAAAGAUUGUAUGUACAAGGCUGUUCAUCCCAGCACUGUCUAAGCUAGUAAAAAUUGGAAACAAUUUAAGUAUCUAGCACAUUGGAUUGGUUAUAAAGUAAGGAAUGUUCACACAGUAGGAUGUUAUAAGUAUGCUGAUGGAAAUCUAUAUUGCCAGGAAAAGCUAUUCAUUAUGCAUUGUGAAGUGAGAAAGAAAAAAAGGGUAGAUAGAAGUAUUUGAAGUAUAGUUCCAUUUUUUGAGAUAAUAAAACAUAUGUUUAAAAGGACACUAAAAACUGGAGUUAUAGAUAUCCAGAUAGAAACAGUAGUUAUCUUUGGGUAGCAGAAUAAUGAGUGAUCUUUACUUUUUUACUUUUUAUUCAUCUAUGUGUUUUUAUUUAUCUAAAAUGGGUAUUGAUUUUUAGGAAGUUUUUGAAAAAGAAAAGUGUUGGGAAUGAAACAAGUGAUUGAUUGGAACACAUACUGAAUGGAAGAAAUAUUUAGAUUAAAAAUGAGGUAGGUUGAAGUUUCUUCUCUGAAAUGAUAGAUAAAUGGUGAAGAUAAGGCUUAUUGUGAGGAUUCAAUGAGGUAAUAUAUGCAAAGUACUUACAAUGUUCUGGCACAUAGUAGUUAAUUAAGAAAAUUGAGCACCCUUAAUUACCUAGAAUGCAGGGUUGAUAGUUUUUUGGUUGACUUUUGUUUUGCUGGGACAUUCUGUGAUGUUUUAGUGUCAUUUAAUAAAUAAUAGUAACAAUAAAGGUUAACAUUUAUUAAGUGA